CCGAGAUGACGGUGGCAAGGUAGAGUCGUGCCGACAGGCGACAUCCCGAGAUUCACGAAGUGGAUUGUACAGGGAGGAAUCAUGGCUUUCCCGCCUUUAGUCAGUUCCACGCCACCACCCUUAGAUAACUUUGGAGAGUCCGAUGAAGAUGAAUUUGGAGACUUCACGACUGGUGGAAUAGAUGGUUUAUCUAUUUCAUCAGAGUCCCCACAGAAGAUUGUCACUCCGAUACAAACACCAAUAGCAUCACAGAAUGUUUCUCCUAGGAUAAAUGGUAGUAAUGAGUCACCAGUAUUGGAUAAUUGUCUUAAAAUAAGCGAAACCUUAAAAUGUGGUGUUAUUGAUGACCUGUUGAUUGUCGAAAAGGUGCAGAAUAAUGUGAGCCACAUAAAAUUGAAGGAUAGAAUAGAUAAUAGUAAUGUAUUGGAAAAUACUUUUGAAGACGCUAGUAUAACAGAACACAGUGUGUUAGAUUUAUCUAGGAAUGGAGAGUCACGUAACGUUGAAACUAGUAAUAGUAUUGAUCACGUUUGUACUCAGAAUGUUUUAGCUAAGGAGAAUUUUGUUGAUACGGAUGUAAUUAGUAGUAAUAAUAGUAGUUUAGCCGAUAGCGUAAAGACAGUCAGUGAGCAGGAAGGAUCAUCGAAUGAUUUGGAAGCAAACGACGAAAUAGAACCCGUGAGUUUGGAUUUGGAAGAUCCUACGAGUACGCCGGACAUUCUGCAACAGCUGGACGACGAUUUCUACAAUUACGAACAGUUUAAAGAUUCCACCAAUUGGGAUGAUACUGUCUGCGAUAAGAAAACAGAUGUAACUGUGACGGUUUUGCAAACGGAUUAUUUGAAUGAUGAUCAGCCUAAUUCUGUGGACGCAGAAUACAAUAUAAAGGAUGAAGUAGAAAAAACUUACAUGCCAUAUGGCGAAAAUGAAACCGGAGUUAAUGAUACUAAUGACAAAUCUGCCUUCAUCCAUGAUGAAAAGACAAUUUCCAGUUUUGUUACCUCGCAAGAACUUAAUGUAGGUGAUACCGGUGUUUUUAGGCAACCGGAUCGCGAAUUCAGUAUUCAGCCGAAAUAUAUAGAGAUGUACGAUGUAGUGUCUAGCACCGAAACGAAUAAUGAAAAGUCGAGUAAAACUGUGAACGAAUCUUUCACUUUUGAUUUCACUUUCGACGAUGACACUGUAAGAGAGGAAUCAAAUCUAGAUCAUACAUCCGUACAUAUGCAUAUUGAAGACAUUUACCAUCGAAACUCUAGUAGAAGCGACGUAUGUACUUUUUCUAAUAACUUCUGCGAUAUAACUGACGUAAACAAUACCAUACAAUCAAAAGAGAGUGAAUAUGUAGCUGUAGGAAUGAAGAAUCAAAUUGUUCAAAAAGGUGUGAACGGAAUAAAAGAGGAAAUUUCUGUUUACGAGGAAAAAAAAUUGAAUAGUGAAGAAAUGUGCAAACAGCACAUUCCAGAAAAUGGUUUCGACGCACACAAUGUAGAUAAUUCCGACUUUACAGAAUUUAUGGAGCAUAGAGAUUUUGAUGAUGUAUCAGAAUUGAGAAGUAAUUUUAAUCCAAUAUCCAGAAAUAGCACAUACGAGACAGUACAAAUUCAUGAUUUACACACAUCCGAUGCGUCUUGUGUACAAAAGUUUUCAUCAAUUAAAGAAGCUUCACUGCCAUCUACUAAUACAUCCCUCGACUGCUUAAAGGAUAAAGUUCAUAUUACGAAUACUGCGAAUGAAGAAUGUGCCACAUAUGAAAGCGAAAAUUCUGUAGUGUACUUUAGCGAUGGCGAACUUUAUGAUUUUCAUUUACGAAAGAUCGAAUCAGAAGCCAAAGUGCAAGAAAAUAGUUGUCCUGGAUUUGAAAGUAUAGGAAACGAAGAUGACGAUUUUGGUGAUUUUACUAAUUUUUCAAGCACAAUAGAAUGGAAACCUGACGAUGCUAAGAAACUGAAGGUACCUAAAGACGAUGACGAUUUCGGAGAUUUUAGUAAUUUCGAAACAUCAGCGGGAGUAGUAGAAACACAGCAGUUUAGUUUGAAAGAAUCUAUAUGUCGGAUAGAAAACAAGAAUGCCGCGAAUAAAAUAGAAGAUAUAAUAACAAAUAUGUUCUCCGUGGUUUCUGAACAUCACGAAGUUGAGUUGAAACCCCUAAUAGAUAAAAUGGAUAAAGUUUGGCAGAAUGUCAAGAGCGUGGAAGAAACCAAUGCCCUUACUUAUCAAUGGACAAAUAGUAGCAGUAACAAUGUCCUUUUGAAUGCUCUUGGCAUUGAUUCCCGGAAUAUCCUAUUUGGACCGAGAUGGAAUCCGAAUGUACCGAGAUUUGCUGCAAAUCUUGGUUUUACUCCGUUAGAGCCAAUUAAAGCUACUGCUGAGCCUCACCAGUCUUCUGCUACUAAUACCAGCAAGACACAAGGCGCAGCUUGUUCAGAUGAAGUACCUGCCGCCCAAUUUGAUUGGAAUAGUUCUGGCCUUGUAAAUCCUCUAGAUGCUAGUGGUGGGUUGUCCGCUCUUCUGCCUCUGGAUUUGUUGUGUCCGUUUGAUCCUCUACUAACACCCCAUUGUUCCACACAUUCCGAAUCCUAUCAUCAGUCAGCUUGCUCAACGAACUCUGUUUACUAUUCAUCAGAAGCCCAAGAAUCAAGCAAUCAAUCAAGCAUAAAAUCACAAAACCUAUCCGACCUUACUAGUAGUUCGCUAAAACAGCAAAAGACAUCAAAGAUAAUAGAACCGUUGCCAGGGCCCUGCACAAUGGAAUGGAAGAAGAAAACCGAGCAAGAUUUUGGAACUAAACAUAGAAACAAUUCGUCGCAUCGAACACUAAGAAAUGUACCGUCGACUAACAAUAAGUCGUUUCCAAUAAGCAAUAAUAUUUCCAAGGCACACGAAUAUCACAAAAAAAUAUCAAUAAGUAAGAAAGAGAAUAUGCAAAGUACGGAACAUGUGGUCAUGGACCGAUAUGGGCGACCGAUGACCGUACAAGCUGAGACCUUGAAAGUUUUGAAUCAACUACCGGAUUUAUCGUUCUUGAACGCGAGAACUUUGUUGUUCAAUCGCGAGCAAAGGCAGAUUGUGCCAGAUCUGGGUGCUAUGAUAAAUCGAAAGAUGCCCGGCUGAGUAACAUCGGUCUGAAUGCGAGUUUGAAAGGGCAAACACGAGAGGAAACCUCCCAGAGAACCUGUCUUGGAUGUUUCUAAAUGACCCAUACAAUCAAAACGUACUUCUGCUACCUUUCAAACCUGUGUUCAGACCAACUUUUGAUCCAAACCAACCUUGGCUCUUCCACAAUGGGAAAGAAUAAUGAUAUGCUGUGUACGUGAAACACUGUCCUAUAUUAAUCUAUUCGCUUGCGGCACCGUGCAAUGCAUUUUGACAUUCCGAACCAUCAUUAUUUUGUGAUUCUACUGGUAUUAUUACCGAAUUCUUUAAAAAGUCUUUAUUUUAUUGCGUAAUUAUAAUUUAAUAUUGUAUCGAUAGAAAUGGCACAUAAGUUUAUUUUAACUCAAUAUUUGCUAUAAUCUUGAGGACAUUUUAUGUCCUCAAUUUGAUAGGUUUAAGAACUCACACAUUCAGCCAUAUUCUAGUCUAUAGUUCUUAAUGAUAAGUUUUAUGUAUUAUAUGUUAGAACAGAUUCCGUUCAAGAUAUAUAUUUUUGAUGGCAAUUAAGUAGUGCCAGAGUAUAGCUUGUUUAUAUUAUAUUUCCUAUUAACAUUUUGAAACUACUUUUAGAUGAGCAAAUCUGAAUAAUUAUCUUACAUAUUCGAGAAAUUGUGCGUACUUUGUACGACGUUCAUCUGUUACGAAUUUCAAAAACAAUCGUAAAUAUCUCCAGUCAUAUAGAAAA